AGAGAGAGAGAGAGAGAGAGCAGCAGGACGCGCUCCAUCCACAGCCUCUCCUCUCCGGACUGUCAUCCGUGGAGCUCUUUCUCUCGGGGGGUUCACCGCCCACGUAGCAUGGGUACGAUUUGAAAACGCCCCGCACCGACACACCACCGAGCCUCUUCAAACAUUCCCCCCCCAAAAAACUCGUCGGUCUGAAGGCAGAAGGGAGAUGAUGGAGUACUGGAGGCAGUGCGCGCUGUGGCUGAUCAACUGUAAGGUGCUGCCCGUUAGCCACCGGGUGACCUGGGAGUCCGCGCAGGUGUUCGACUUCGCCCAGACCCUCCGGGAUGGGGUCCUCCUGUGCCACCUGCUCAACAACCUGAAGCCCCAGAGCAUCAACCUGAAGGAGAUCAACCUCCGACCGCAAAUGUCUCAGUUCCUGUGUCUGAAGAACAUCAGGACGUUCCUGGCGGCGUGCGGCGACACGUUCGGGAUGAAGAAGAGCGAACUGUUCGACGCCUURGACCUUUUUGACGUGAGGAACUUCGGGAAGGUUAUGGACACAUUAUCCAAACUUUCCCACACAAGUAUUGCACAACAAACAGGAAUCAGYCCGUUUCCUACAGAGGAGAGCGUCGAAGACGAGGACAUCUACAACCACCUGGAGGACCUGAUCGAUGAGAACAGGGUGGAGGAUGAGGAGGAUCUGUACGACUGCGUGUACGACGAUGAAGAAGGAGGAGAGAUCUACGAGGACCUGAUGAAGACGGAGGCCGUCCCUCCUCCGGCGUUUCAGAGGCAGGCAGAGACCGACAUCAGGAGCUGCUGUUUGGCUGAAAUCAAGCAGACGGAGGAGAAAUACACCGAGACUCUGGAGUCUAUAGAGAAGCACUUCAUGACGCCCCUCCUCAUGUUUUUAUCUGCGGCCGAGGUGGAGAAGGUGUUUGUGAAUAUCCCCGACCUGGUGAAGGUCCACAAGUGUUUACUGCUGGAAAUCAAAGACUCAGUCCACCAAAGAAGUGCCCAGAACCUGUUCCAGAUCUUCAUCACUUUCAAAGAGAGGUUGUUGAUUUACGGGAAGUACUGCAGCCACGUAGAGACCGCCAUCGCCACCCUGGAUGACAUCUGCAGGCACAGAGAGGACGUGCGCAUGAAGCUGGAGGAGUGCUCAAAGAGAGCCAAUUAUGGCAAGUUCACCCUGAGAGACCUGCUGGUUGUUCCCAUGCAGCGGGUGRUGAAGUAUCACCUCCUCCUGCAGGAGCUGGUGAAACACACACACGACACCUCAGAGAAGACUAACCUACGGACGGCAUUGGACGCCAUGAAGGACUUGGCUCAGUACGUUAAUGAAGUCAAGAGGGACAACGAGACGCUGCGGGAGAUAGACCAGUACCAGAGAUCCAUAGAAAACUUGAACCAACCUCUCAGUAAUUACGGCAGACCCAAAGGGGACGGGGAGGUACGGGUGUCCACGGUGGACAAACGAGCCAAACAGGACAGGCACAUCUUCCUGUUCGACUCGGCCGUCAUCGUUUGUAAACGCAGAGGAGACAACUARGAGAUGAAGGAAGUGAUCGACCUGCACCUCUUCAAGAUCACCAACAACCCAACGUCCAACAAAGAGAACCGAAAGUGGUCCUACGGAUUCUACCUCACUCACAACCAGGGCCAGAACGGCUUUGAGUUCUUCUUCAAAACCAAAGAGCUGAAAAAGAAGUGGCUGGAGCAGUUUGGCAUGGCCAUAUCGAAUAUCCGUCCUGAGAAKGCCACCUACAAUUCCCACGAGUUUCGAAUGCACACCUUCGAAAGAAUCACCUCCUGUAGCUCCUGCCACUUGUUGCUGAGGGGGAUCUUUAACCAGGGCUACUUGUGCUCCAAGUGUGGCUUAGGCGCCCAUAAAGAAUGCCUGAGUCGCUUCGGCAUCUGCGGGAAAACAGGUACCUGCACCGCACGACAUCGCAACAAACACACAGCGGGCAGGGCUGAGAGGCCGGGUUGGCCCAAGAUGUUGGUGACCAGGAGCUACAACGGCGUGCCGAGCCCCACCGGGGGUCCGCCGCUCACCAUCCAGAUAGGCGACAUCAUCGAGGUGAUCCGGGCCGAGCUGCACAGCCCCUGGUGGCAGGGCAGGAACCUGUCCAGCAGGGAGGUGGGCUUCUUUCCCAGCCACGCCGUCAAGCCGUGUCCGUGUGUGCCGAAACCGGUGGAUUACUCCUCGCAGCCCUGGUUUGCUGGUCCCAUCGAGAGGUUCCAGGCCGAGGCAGAACUCAUCAACAGGUCCAACAGCACCUACCUGGUCCGCCAUCGCAGCAAAGGCUUCUCAGAGUACGCCAUCAGCAUCAAGUACAACAACGACGUGAAGCACAUAAAGAUCCUGACCAAAGACUCCAGGUACUACAUCGCAGAGAACAAGAAGUUUAAGAGCAUCCUGGAACUGAUCGAGUAUUACAAAUACCACUCCCUGAGGGAAGGCUUUAAGAGCCUGGACACCACCCUGCAGUUCCCUUAUCGGGAGCCGGAGAACCGCAGCAGCGUGAUCGCUCCAUUGCUCCGCGGCCUCUCUCUCGUAACUCCUGCUGACUACAGCUUUGUUCCUCCUUCCUCUGCUCCCUUCUGGUCAGUGUUCGUCCCCAAAGUGAUCGGCGUGGCGGUGGCGCGCUACGACUUCGUGCCCCGGGACACGCGGGAGCUGCCGCUGCAGGACGGCGACGUGGUGAAGAUCCUGAACAAGACCGGGGGCAACGGCUGGUGGCGGGGCGAGGUCAACGGCAGGACCGGCUGGUUUCCUUCCACCUACGUGGAAGAGGAGGAUUACUGACUCGUCCCUUCAGAGGAGAAGAGCAGAAAUGAAGCGAGCGUCUGAACGACUGCAGCGUUAGCUCCCGGCGCGGCGCGGCGCGGCGCCUCAGACGUCCCAGCAUCCUGAAGCUGUGAGGCGAGCCGCUCCGCCGGACUCUGAGAGGCCGAAGCGAGUCCACCGACAAGCAGCUUGACUGUCGGCGGGGAGCCCCUCCCCCGCUCUCCGUCCACCCAUCCAUGAUUUAUCCCUCACUUCCUGUCGGCCUCGGCCAGCCUCAGACCCCCCCCACACACACACACACACACACACCUCACCUCACCUCCUGACUGCUGAAUCAGGCGUCAGCAGGAAGUGUUACGAGCGAAUCCUGAACAUCCUCAUCCUUCUUUCCCCUCUGUCAGGGAAUAAUACGACUUUUUCAUCUUCUUCACCUUCCUGUUUCUCACUCAGACACACACACAGACACAAACACAGACACAAACACAGACACACACUCGUACUUGAGAUGAUGUCAGAUAACAUCACAGCUCCUUGUUUUCCUGCUGUAUCAGUGAGUUUAGUGGAGAUUGAUCCUCUGAUCUUAUCAGAUGUUUGCAGCUUGUCGGAGGUUGAGGCGCUGCGCCGCAGCGUCCGGCAGGUUUCACUUGUUUCUCUGCCGCAGCGCACCUGUUCAGUGUUUCAGUUACCUCUUCAUGUUCUGCAGAAGCUUCACUGUUGCUCAGAUUUUAACCCAGUUUCAUGUUAGGUUCAGGAAAUCGCGCGGCCUGCAGCAGGUGAGCUAACUGCUAACCUUUGCACAGAAGGUUCGGCUGCUCUCUGCAGACACAAACACAAAUCCCUUUUUUCACGUUAGGAGUUUCCUUCAGAUUUCUGCCCAAAAUCUGGACACAAACAAGGACCAACAGUCUGUUUUUGUCUCGUAGCUAAAAGUUCAACCGCAGCUCGACGUUUCCUUCGGCUGAUGUGUCUGCGUCGUGUCGCUGCAGCUCGUCUCUGAUCAGAGAUCUGCUUCAACACAUCCUGAUGUUUCACCAGUUUAGGAGGAAAAACAGCCUCAUUAAUGUUGCUCCUGAUGCCUCAGCUCCUCCUCUUCUCCUCCUCAGCUCCUCCUCUGCUCCUCCUCGGCUCCUGUUCAGCGUCUCCACAAGAUGGAAGCAUCUUAACCCGGACAGGAGAUGACAUCAUCCGAGGAGGAGCUGAGGAGGAUCCAGACCUGUUGCUGUCAGAGAGACGAGGAAAAAACAAAACAAGGAGGAGAUUUUAGCUCAGAUCUGUAGUUUAGUUCUUAAACUACUCCUCCUGCUCCUCCUCCUCCUCCUGCUCCUCCUCCUCCUGCUCCUCCCUGAUGAAGAGGCUGUUUCUAGCUGCAGGCCUUGCUUUCGCUGCGUUUAGUUAUUUUUCUGAGUAUCUGUGAUCUAAUCAUUACAGCACCUCCUCACCUGGGCGACUCAGCUGCGUUCACCUCCUCCUCCUCCUCCUCCCCUCUUCUACCUCUCUUCCCCUGAUCUUCAUCGUCUCUGCGUUCUGUCCCUCGCCGUGCUGCUGCCUCCUCUGUUCGAGGAAAAAAGGAGAUGAGCUGAAUUUGAUCGAAUGAAUUCAGCUCCAGUUUCUCCUCGCUCRGGACUCCACUUUGUGCCAAUAAAACCAAAGACCUGCAUCUUUUGUACUCCUGACCCCGGUACCGGACCACCGAGGCCCGACCCUGAACCGUGCAAUCCUGACUGCCUGUAAUGUUUCUGUAUCAUACUGUAAAUACUGUACAGAAAGCUAAAUAAAGCUCUACACUGCUUCUGA